UCUUCCUUCGUCACUUCCUCUCACGUUAUGAGAGAUCUGGCUUGCAAUUGUCGUCGGGCUCUUUUUGCAAAUUUCCAUUCCGUUUGCGUCCUUCCUAAUUUAUGAUCCGUAUCCGCAUAAACGCUCGCGCUUUUCGCGAACAAGUAAAUCCCGAAGGACGGACCUCUUGGGAUGACUUGAGGAAAAAUAGAGACGGAGCGGUUCUGUUUGUCAUUGAUGCCGAUAUGGAAGCAGAACGGCCCGAGGAUUGUGCAAGAUUUUAGAGAGGAAUAUCCUUGUCAUUGAUCCAGACGAGAGAGUAACUGAUACAAUUGCAAGUCAUCCAACUGCCCUUCGAGGUGUACGAUGGUCACUCGAAUGAAGCUUUGGUGGAAGAUCCUUCAUUCCGGCGACAAGAAUGGUAUCUUCGCGGGUUUGGCCGCGCACUCCGGCCAAAUCUCCGUGGGACUCUCCCAGGGAUACAGCGCGAUCCUGAUACCGAAACUCCUCGAGACAAACUUCGUGGACCAGUCACAGGCUUCGUGGAUCGCUUCCCUCGGUGUAAUCUCAAAUCCUCUCGGUGCCUUCGUCGCCGGAAUCUGCGCUGAAUGUUUCGGCCGCAAGUCCGCGAUCGCCCUGGCCACGGUACCGCAUACCGUUGGCUGGCUGCUGAUUGCGUUAUCAAGAAAUGUAUCAAUGCUGUACGUCGGCAGGUUCAUCAGCGGUAUCGGCACUGGCAUGGCCAACGGGUAUUAUCUCUACGUCAGCGAGGCGGCAGCGCCAAAUCAAAGAGCGUGGCUCGCGAGCUGUGGACCAGUUCUAGUCUCCCUAGGUGUCUUGAUUGUGUACACCUUAGGUACCAUCACGACGUGGCAAAAAGCGGCCGUUGUCAGCAUCGGACCCGCGAUUCUGUCACUUGCGUUGAUAUGGAUAAUACCGGAAACUCCCGCCUGGUUGGCUUCAAGGGGUCGAACGAAUGAGGCCAAGGAGGCUCUUCUGUGGCUGCGAGGAUCCGGAUUGGACGUCGACAGAGAGUAUCAAGAACUGUGCGAGACGAACGCGAAGCGGAAGGAAAAAAAGGAGAGCCUACUGCGGGCGUUACACAAGCCCAACGUGUGGAAACCGUUCGUGAUACUCUUCAUCUUUUUCGCGCUCCAACAACUGUCCGGCAUCUACGUGAUCCUGUUUUAUGCUGUGAACGUGCUCAAGGAUAUCGGCAUAGAUAUGAAUGAAUACGCGGCUAGCGUCGGCAUGGGUGUCAUCAGGCUGUUCGCGUCAAUCCUCGGCGCUGGACUGGCCAACAGCUUCGGCAGGAAGAUCCUGGCCUUCUUCAGCGGUUUUGGAAUGGCUAUCGCCGCCGUGGGAGUCGCCCUUUGUUUCAGGUUCGAACUUCCAUCGUGGAUGCCACUACUUUGCAUCGGGAUCCACGUGGGCACGUCCAUGAUCGGCUUCCUCACGUUACCGUGGGUCAUGACCUCGGAAUUGUACCCGUUGAGAUUUAGAGGCAGUCUUGGAGGUUUCACAACCAGCAUCGUGCAGAUAUUAACGUUCGCAACAAUCAAGACAUAUCCGGAUUUGAAGACUAUUGUCGGUCUGGAGUUCACUAUGUGGAUAUUCGGUGUGGCCGGCGUGCUGGGCGCGAUCUUCGCUCUAACGAUACUGCCGGAAACGCGGGGACGCAGCCUUGACGAUAUCGAGAUGAAGUUUUCCAGCAGGUCGAAUGACGACAGUUCGAUAUAUGCCGGCAAGAUCUUCUCCAACGUCUGGUCCCAACCGAAGGACAUCACCCUUCAGCGAUUCACGUCGAUCUCGGAAGAAAAGCAAUCAAAUAUCGCGGCGAACACGUAUGUCUACGACAACUUCUGCCUGGAACUCUCUCCGGAGAAACUGAAGAAAGAUAUCGAAGUUUCCGAGAAGAAAUUGUCUCGCGAAUCAACGAAUCGUAAUCGGCAUCGCGCUUGAUCACGUGCGCGUUUGAUACGAGAAAUUCC